AUGAAAUGUCACGGAUCUCGAAUCGCCGGUGGUGCUAUCGCCGUUUGCGGCUAUAUUUUGCUUUGGAAUCUCCCCAGGUUGAACGGGGUCUGGAGGGCCUGGCUGGAGGGCCUGGUGCUGGAGGGCCUGGUGCUGGAGGGCCUGGCUGGAGGGCCUGGUGCUGGAGGGCCUGGCUGGAGGGCCUGGUGCUGGAGGGGCUGGUGCUGGAGGGGCUGGCUGGAGGGCCUGGUGCUGGAGGGCCUGGUGCUGGAAAUCACACCAAAAGGAAGAGACGCUCAGCGAGUGACAAAAGUGACACCUAAAAUCGGUAGUGUCAAUGGAGCAACACGACUCACCAUAGAGGGAGAAGGUUUCGCCCAAGAAAGCCAGUUCAGUCUCAAUGCAGACAAUGCUGACUUUGGAAACAGUGUGGUGCUGGUCUCAAGUACAAGAUCUAUCCCUUGCGACGUGGAGAGAGACUCCACUCACAGCAAUCAGAUCAUGUGUUACACAAGACCAUUACCGCAGGAUGACUAUCUUGUCCGUGUCAGCGUUGAUGGUGUGCCCAUUCCCGAAAGUAACAUUUGUAAUGGAGACUUCCGGCCUUACUGGUGUAGCUUCUAUCCAAGAUGGUACAGAACACCCACUAUCCAAAGUAUCAGUCCGGUCACUGGCCUUCCAGGUACCUUGGUCACUCUGCGUGGAAGAAUCUACACUGAUGUCUAUGGCAGCAAUACUGCACAAAGUUCCAAUGGUUUGGAUGUGCGAUUUCUAAGAGCUUAUAUGGGCGGUAUGCCAUGUGAACUCCUGAAGCCAGAAUCAGAUGAACUGUAUGGCUUAACUUUGGACACUGAAACCAGUCACUGGGGAUACAUGAGUUGCAAAAUGACUGGAACCUAUGUAGGUCAUCACAACUUGAGUUACAUCCUUGACAAUGAUUACGGAAGGAGUUUACCAGAUUUCAGCAAUUACUAUGUCUCAUCUUUGAACAAGCUGGCAAUGUUUCAAACUUAUGCAGAGGUAACUGGAAUUUCCCCCUCUGAGGGUAGUGUACUGGGAGGAACGUUGCUGACCAUUCAUGGUCACUACUUUGACGAAACAGAUCAACCUGCACGGGUCCUGGUGGGAGGUAGAGAAUGUGAAAUACAAAGUCUGUCUGAUGAGAGGAUAAUCUGCAGGACACCGCAGUACGAAUGGCGCAACACGACAGUGUUUCCAGGUGGACGGGGUGUGAAAAUGGAAAUGUGGAAUGAUAGUCGUCCAAGUAGCCUAGAGGACGUGCUGACCUAUAAUGCUAGCUGGCCAGGUUACUCAGUUCACUGGCUGGACUCCUUGUCCUAUGUUUGGCCUCGGGACAUAGAAUAUUUCACCGCUCGAUUAAGUGGUUUCUUUGUCCCCGUGGAGACAGACAAUUACUACAUCUACAUCAAGGCGGAUGACAGAUUUCAGCUUUACUUCAGUCAAACUGGUAACCCAAAAGAUAAGGUGAAAAUUGCUGGUCUGCAUCACUGGACCAAUAGCUACUUCACCAAUCCUUCGCAGAGGUCUGAAAGCAUGCAUCUGGAGGCAGGGAAACCGUAUUAUGUUGAGGUCAUCAUGCAGGAGUAUACUGUUGUAGCCUCUGUGGAUGUGGGGUUCUUGAAGGAGAAAAGCGCCUUCACCUCCCAACAAACUGCAGAUGCUGUGGAUGAGAAGCAGGCUAUUACAGUCAGAUAUGAUGUGCUGGAAGAGAAACAGGUCGUGCAUUUUGGGGGCUGGAGCCCUGACAGAGGCGUCCAAGAAGUUCAGACCGUGACAGUGAGCAGUGGCUGUUUUGCUCAGGGCAGCUGUGACUACACAGUUUACAGCCUGGGAUACGGAGCCCAAAAAACAGGGCCAAUCCCUGUCAGUGCAUCUGCUGAGCAGGUGGCGAACGCUCUAAAUGACCUGUGGUCAAUAAAACCCGAUAGAGUUCAGGUCACAAAGCAGGACCUUGGGACAGAGGCUCAGUACACAGUGACUUUCAAUUCUCCCAGAGGUGAUUUUGAGGACUUGUGGUACUGGACCAUGGGAGCAGACCUUAAUAUCUCAAUCACAGAGGAGACCAAAGGCAGAGCCACCAUGGAAACUUUUACUUUGCUAUGGGGUGGAGUCCCAUCAAAUCCACUGGCAUUUAAUGCCUCUGAGGAAGAGGUGCAGUCUGCACUGGAGGAUAUGCUGUCAGCAACAUGCCCUCUCGACAUCUUGAGCAUGGAAAACUCUGAAGUAAAAUAUUUCAGAGACUAUGAGGAUGAAAACACAGGGUUUUCGGGUGACAUGAACAGAAGAGGGAUGAGAGUGAUGGACGCAGAGCCUUUCUGUGGCCGCUGGUCUCUGAUGAACCCGGAGAUUCUUUUCCAAUCUGACGACACCAAAGAGUCUGGUGGUACCUACCAACCAAUCUCACUCCAGCAAUAUGACAAACUCUGCUUUGCAUACAAAGGACAUCUGAGGGAUGAGCUCGGGGUCAAAUUUGAUUACCGUAACAGCCAGGGAGACAGACAAGAGGCGACAGCUCAAAUCACGGUGCUCUUCAGUGCUGAGUCUGAGUGGGGCUACUUAUGUGUGGAGCUUCUAAGUGAACUGCAGACAGAAUACACAGGAAGUGACUUCAGACUCCUGGAGCUUUACCUGUACAAAGAGACAGAUGAGGAAGAUUUCUAUGUGGAUGCAGUGCACCUGGGGAGAGAAGCCACAGCUUUUGACACAAAUGCUGUUGUCCAGAUGAGGAAACCCCCUGCACUGGCCAGUUCAGGACACAUCAUUGAGGAGCUCACGGUGCACAAACAGGCGGAUGAGUCACAUGUUAGCUAUGAGAUCAGCGUUCUGCCAUACAACUGUGCAUAUGAUUUUCCCCUGUUAGAGAUUGCAUUUCUUGAGCAAAUGCCCAAUGGGACUAGGGACAUGACGACCUUUAGGCAAGGAGCUGCGACUGUGAAUGUUACACGGUCACAGAGUGCAAGCCCACCUCUGUCUGGCACUUUUGAUGUCGAGAUCUUUGGUCGUAGAGUCGAAGGUUUGGAUGUGGACAUAUCAGCGGAGGAUCUGCAGUAUGCUCUGCAGGGCAUCCCAGAGAUGGGCCAGCUGGAGGUGCAGAAAGUUGGAAACUGCCGGAGCCGUCGAUGGGACAUCACAUGGCUCACCAACCCAGGACGCCAGCCUCUCAUUCAGGUCAAUGAUUCAUCAGUGGUUGGCGUUAAUCCCAGUGUAUCAUCCCAUGAGAGGAGACAGGGAGGUUUAUUCAAGCAAAGCAUUAUGGGGGAUUUCCUACGUGUGCCUGAACUCACACCUCAGGUUGAGGUCUUCAUCAAUGGCAUCCCAUCAAAGUGUUCAGGCAACUGUGGAUUUACAUGGAGUGAGUCAAAGACCCCAACAGUGACAGGCAUCUCUCCAACACAAGGAUCCCAUGCCUUGAGCACCAUUCUCACAAUCACAGGAUCUGGCUUUGCCGGAGAAAACGCGACAGUUAUGUUGGGUGAUAUUGAAUGCUCCACUCUGCAGGUUACUGAUACCUCACUUACGUGCGGUGUGGGCCCUAGAAGUGCUGGUGUCUACCCAGUGUCUGUUAACUUCUUUAGACUUGGAUAUGCCCGCUACCCAGAGGGAAGCAUCUUCAAUUUCACCUACCAGAUGGGAGUGACAUCCAUCGCCCCAGCAUCAGGCAGUGUCACAGGAGGAACCAUUUUAACCGUGUCAGGUUAUGGUUUUAGCCGUGAAACUGAGGUCAUCAUUGGAAAUGAGACGUGUGACAUCAUUACUGUAAAUCUAAAUGAGCUGAGAUGCAGGGUUGCCCCAGGGACAGUGGGACCACAGACAGUGACACUGAGGAAAGGGGAAAUGACAUCCUCUGCGGGGGACACUUUCACUUAUGAUGACAGUCUGACUGCCUGGAUCAUGGGUGUGAGCCCACAGACAACAGUUGUGUUUGAACAAAGAGUUCUCAUGGUCACGGGCACGAACUUCGGAAAUGAGGCUAAUGACAGCUCGUUGCUCAUCGGCCACAGAGAAUGUGAAGUCAUACAGUGGUCAGAUAACAACAUCACUUGCCUACUGCCCAUUCUGCCUGCUGCCAUUUAUGAUGUUCAUGUGCAAGUGGGAAACAGGGGCUACCCAAAAAUCAGUGAAGGUGUGAAUGCUACCAUUGAAUACAUUCUGGAGGUCACCAGCCUCACACCUCUCCAGGGAUCUCUGUUUGGAGGUACUAAAGUGACUGUAAGUGGCUCUGGAUUCAGCCCAAAUGUGUCUGACUACAGAGUCUCCAUGGGAGGUAGACACUGUGAGGUGAUCUCUGCAUCAGAGCAUCAGCUAGAGUGCAUUACCCAGACAGGAGAGCAGACCAUUACUGUGACAAACCAGGGCUCCCACCCCGAGUAUGGUGAAGGUUAUGCGUGGAGCCCUUCAGCUGUGCUGGUUUCAGUAGGAGAUACUGUGAUCUGGCAAUGGGAAGCACCUGAAUUCAUUCAGGGACUGGGCUACAGGGUUUUCAGUGUGUCCACUCCUAGCAGUACAGUACAUGAUGGAGUGGCUUUCAGCAGUGGAGACACCAAAACCCCAACAGGGCGUUUCAGUUAUCAAUUCACAGUCCCAGGGGUGUAUUACUACAGCAGUGGUUUCAUUGAUGAAGCCAACCAAAGGGUCUUGCAAGGGGUGGUGAACGUCCGGGCUGUGGAUCAGAGGAGCAGUGGACUGGAUGUCAGUGUGAGGGGCAUACAGGCCUUGCACAAGCAAGUACGAGUGAGCAGGUCAUUAUUGGAUUGUGUCAGCUCUUCCCCUGAUUGCCCCCACAACCUCCAGUCCAACUGGAGUUCAAACGGCCUGUCCUUCAGCUUCGCAGACUGUGCCAGCCCUAUGGUCCACUCCAUCUCCCCCAACAGUGGUACGGCCCAUGACGUCAUCCACAUCGGGGGUAUGGGCUUCAGCAACCAGAGCUGUGCCAAUGAGGUCACAGUUGGCAAUUACCCAUGUCAGGUGAUUAAUAGUUCUUCAACUGAGAUUAACUGUAUGCUCAGCAGAGACAGUGGGGCCCCUGUUGGCAUCGCCCUGCCUGUCACUGUCCGAGUCAACAACAUUGGCACCGCUAUCACAGCUGUGCUGAACGAGUAUGGCAGACGCUUCGUAGUCUUACCUGUAGUCGAUUCCAUCACCCCUGCAGUUGGCAGCACAAAUGGCCACACUAGAUUAUUCAUCUCAGGCUCCGGUUUUUCAAAUGGUCAAGUUACUGUGGCGUCCGUCCUAUGUACCUUGGUAUCUGUUAACUACACUCAAAUAGUCUGUGAUACAUCUCCAUCCUGGGCUCACCGUGGGAAUGUAGUCGUCCAUGUUAACACGAUAGCCUCCUCUUGCCAUGGUGACUGCUCCUUUGAAUACUCUUCCUCUGUGGCGCCCACCAUCUCCAGCAUCCACCCAGACAUUGUGAAUGGAAACUCCACCAGUGUAACAAUCAAUGGCAUGGGAUUUGGUGACCGUGUGGAGGAUGUGGUUGCCUAUGCAGACACCAUCAGGCUGGAGGUGACUGAGGUGACCAACACCAGCGUUACUGUGAUUGUGAAUGCUCUGCCCGCUGGUGCCCACAUCCUGAAGGUGAUUGUCAGGAGCAUUGGUUUAGCCAAUGGCCAGGUUACACUGUACAGCAUGCCUCUGGCCAACUUGAACCCUACCUCGGGCAGCAUAGCAGGAGGAACCCCUCUCAUGAUCACUGGAAAUGGAUUUGCACCAGGAAACACCACUGUGAUGGUCGGAGGAGCUCCCUGCAGGAUUGUGGAGAUCACACCAAGCAUGGUGCACUGUUUGACUCCACCUCAUGAUGAGGGGCUUGUGGAUGUCAACAUACAAGUGCUUGGUGUGGAGUAUCCACCACUGAAUUUCACCUACUCUCAGUCAGACACUCCGCAGAUUACCACUGUGAGCCCUGGAACAGGUCCAAGUGGUACUGUGAUUACGGUGACUGGCUCAGGCUUUGGCACCGACCCUCAGCUCAUCUCUAUUCAGAUAGACAGCGUGCCAUGCAACGUGUCUGCUGUCACAGACACUCAGCUCCACUGCACUGUGGGAGAACAUGCAGGAGGGACCUAUCCAGUCAUGCUCCAACACAGGCUCAAAGGAUAUGCCCAAACCCAGGCUGUCUUCAACUAUGAGCUUCGGCUUACUGCAGUUGUGCCCAGUGAAGGAGGCCUUGGUGGAGGAGCUAUUGUGGCAGUUCAAGGCUCUGGCUUUGAUCCACAAUUCUCCCGAGUGUUUAUUUGUGAUAGAGAAUGUGAGGUACAAAGGCAAAUGUCUAUAUCUACCCGUCUGUACUGCCGGGUCCCGCUCAACAAUGGAAGUGAAGCAGAUCAGACAUGCACAGUGGCAGUGAUGAAUGGAAAUGCAUCUGUGAGCAUAGCCAAUGGGUACACAUACAGAUCUGCACUGACUCCAGUAAUAACAGAAGUGUCACCUCGCAGAGGAGGGACAGCUGGAGGCACAACACUCACAAUCACAGGCUCAAAUUUCAGUACAAACACCAGUGAGGUUACUGUAACGAUCGCAGGGUCUGUCUGCGAUGUACUCACAGCAAACGAAACACACAUCAUUUGUGUGACCAAUGCUCAGCCUAGGUCUCAGGAAACCAAAGUCCGUGUCCAGCUUGGAGACAGAGGAAUUGCACUGAUGGACAAUGCCGAUUUCUUCUAUAUUGAUGUGUGGUCUUCUCGAUACACAUGGGGUGGACUGUCACCUCCUGAGGAGGGGACCUUUGCAGUCAUCACCCAUGGACAGACCAUCCUCUUGGACACCAGCACUCCAGUUCUGAAAAUGCUUCUUAUCCAAGGUGGGAAAUUGAUUUUUGAUGAGGCAGAUAUAGAACUUCAAGCAGAGAACAUCCUGAUAACAGAUGGUGGAGUUCUGCAGAUUGGAACUGAAGAGGAACCAUUCCAGCACAAAGCAAUCAUUACACUCCAUGGAUUCUUGCGUUCUCCAGAAAUUCCUGUGUAUGGAGCCAAGACCCUGGCUGUUAGAGAGGGAGUUCUGGAUCUACAUGGUAUUCCUGUCCCAAUGCCCUGGACCCGCCUUGCCCAGACUGCCAGCAGCGGAUCUGAUACCCUGACCCUCAUACACACUGUCACAUGGAAACCAGGGGAUGAGAUUGUGAUUGCCUCCACGGGACACAGGCACAGUCAGAGAGAGAAUGAGGUGAGGAGAAUAGCCUCUGUAUCAGAUGAUGGGCGAACCCUCACUCUGACUGCACCUCUAAACUACACCCAUCUGGGAGUGUCAGUCACCCUGGCUGACGGCACUGUGUUCGAAGCCCGGGCUGAGGUAGGCGUCCUCACCAGGAACAUUGUGAUCCGUGGAUCCAACAAUCAAGAGUGGAAUGAUCAAAUUGAGGCCUGUCCUGCUGGAUUUAACACAGGGGAGUUCACCACCCAGACCUGUUUCCAGGGGAGAUUUGGAGAGGAAACAGGAAGUGAUCAGUUUGGUGGCUGUAUCAUGUUCCAUGCUCCUAGACCCAGUGAGAACUUGGCCAUUGGCAGAAUCGAAUAUGUUGAGGUCUUCAAUGCUGGGCAGGCUUUCAGGCUGGGUCGAUAUCCCAUCCACUGGCAUUUGAUGGGUGACGUUCAGUUUAAGUCAUAUGUUCGAGGCUGCGCCAUCCACCAGACCUACAACCGAGCUGUCACCAUCCACAACACCCACAACCUGCUGGUGGAGAGAAACGUCAUCUAUGACAUUAUGGGUGGCGCCUUUUUCAUUGAGGAUGGAAUUGAGACAGGCAAUGUCUUGCAGUACAACUUGGCUGUGUUUGUCAAGCAGAGCACAAGCCUUCUGAAUGAUGAUGUUACCCCAGCUGCUUACUGGGUCACAAAUCCAAACAACAUCAUCCGGCACAAUGCCGCUGCUGGUGGCACUCACUUUGGUUUCUGGUACCGCAUGCAUGACCAUCCAGAUGGCCCAUCCUAUGACCCAAAUAUCUGCCAAAAGAAGGUACCCCUAGGUGAGUUCUCCAACAACACAGUGCACUCGCAGGGAUGGUUUGGCCUGUGGAUAUUCCAAGAGUACUUUCCAGUGCGAGAAGGCCGCUGCAAUUCCAGGAGACCCGAGCCAGCCAUCUUCCGCACCCUCACGACCUGGAACUGUGAAAAAGGAGCUGAAUGGGUGAAUGUGGGAGCGGUCCAGUUCAGCAACUUCUUGAUGGUCAACAAUGAGAAAGCAGGUAUUGAGGCCAAGCGGAUUCUGCAACAAUAUGUGAGUGGAUGGGGAGAAGAAGGAGGAGCAGCGGUUAUAAACAGUACCAUUGUUGGUCACGUGGAUGAGCUGGGUCUGGGUGAAGACUACUGCUCCACUCGAGGAGUCAUUCUCCCCUUGGAUGAUGGCAUGAGUGUCCUCAACACUAAGUUUGUUAGCUUUGACCGAGAUUCCUGUGCAGCCAUCGGAGUGGCUGCAAUUGACGGUACUUGUGUAGACCGCUGUGGAGGCUGGAGUGCUAAGUUCAGUGGGAUCCAGUACUACCAGGCACCCAAUAAGGCGGGCUUCAGAUGGGAGCAUGAGGUAGCGCUGAUAGAUAGCGACGGCUCCCUCACAGGCAAUGUCGACCACAAGGUGGUGCCACUGAGUAAUCUGCUCGACCCAGCACACUGUUCAGAGAGCUCUGAAUGGAGUGUGGGCUUUUCAGGGGCAGUGUGUGAUGAUACUGUCAGCUUCCAUCGCCUGGCCUUCAACCAGCCCUCUCCUUCCUCACUGGAGUCCAAUGACGUCAUUCUCACCAAUUCAUAUGGAUCAAGCGUGGUUCCAUAUCUUAAGAAAAGGAUGACCCAUAAAUUUGGUUGGAUGGCUUUGCUUCCAUCUGGUAAAACAUUCAACUGGUACUUUGAUAAUGCGGCCCAAAUCACCAACAUCUCAUACCAAGCAACAUUCUACGGCUUCAGGCAACAAGACUAUGUGAUCAUAAAUCACAAUUUGACGCAGAGUCCAGACAGGUUCCACAUUGUGGACAACAGAAAUGGCUCCUCUCUGCCCCUCAAUGGCAGUUCGAAUCUAAAUGGUGACUGGUUCUUUGACGAAUCCUCCAACAACCUCUACUAUAUAGUGUCUGGAAGAGAGCAUGCUCGCAGACGGAGGUCCAGUGUUGACCGGAGCACAGCGGACAGAUCUGUGUCCUUCAGUGUGUAUCGAUGCUUCUUCUCCGACUGCCUCCCCCCACCCCCAGCAACACUUCCAACUACACCCACCAACAGACCAGCUGACUUCAUCGCUUGGUCUAAUGCGUCAUUCUGGAGGUCCUCCCCUGAAAACAACUUUACUGUGCCAGCAGAGGGAGCCGACGUGGUAAUUCCAAUAGGGAAAUGGGUGGUUCUAGACAGCAGCAUUCCACCUCUGAACAAACUCACUGUGCAAGGAGUAUUGGAGAUUCCAGACCCCACAAGCGCAACUUCAACACGCACCGCCCGUAGCGCUCCCCAAAACAACACUGUUGUUCUGGAGGCCACGUAUAUCUCCAUACAGGGUGGCCGUUUAAUAGCCGGGUGGCCUGAUGAACCCUUCAGAGGUCAACUGCACAUUAUACUGCGAGGGAACCACUUCACUCCAGACUGGCCUCUGCCUAAUGGACCCAACCAGGGCUCUAAGGUCCUAGGUGUUUUUGGCACGUUGGAUCUGUAUGGAAUGCCACACAAUGUGUACCACACCAAACUGGCCAGCACUGCUAACGCAGGCACCAACACCCUGUCCCUACAGCACUCUGUUGACUGGCAGGUGGGUGAUGAUGUAGUUCUCUCCACCACGAGCUAUGACCCCUGGCAGACAGAAACCCGCAGGAUCACAGCAGUGUCGGCAGAUGGACGCACACUGACCCUGAACCAGUCCCUCUCUUACACUCACAUUGGAGAAAGCUUCAGUGUGUCAGGCACCUCAAAGAGCUACAGACUGGCUGCAGAUGUUGGUCUUCUGAGCAGGAACAUCAAGAUCAUUGGGCAGGGCUAUCCAGGCCUAUACAGUGAGUCAUUUGGAGCUCGAGUAUUGGUUGGCAGCUUCUACCAUGGAGGGAUCACAUAUAGAGGCAAAGCACAGAUAAGAGAUGUUGAGUUUUACCACACCGGACAGGAAGGAUGGUCGGACUACACCGACCCACGCUACUCUGUGGCUUUCCUCAACCUGGGAGAGGUAGUUGAAAAUGAAUCUUACAUCAAGGGAUGUGCUUUCCACAAUGGCUUCGCACCUGCCAUUGGUGUCUUUGGAACAGAUGGACUGAGUGUGGAUGACAAUAUCAUCUUUUUCACCGUUGGAGAGGGAAUCAGAGUAUGGGGCAAUAACAAUGUGAUACGGAGGAACCUGGUUACCAUGACGCUGUGGCCAGGCUCUUACCAGGACAGAGAGGAACACUUCAACUUUGACUGGAAUGCUGCUAUAGAGGUGAACGAGGGAGGAAACGUUGUCCUUCAGGGGAACAUAGUUGCCGGUUAUGAGAGAGUCGGCUUCCGCAUUGAUGGAGAACCAUGCUCAGACACAAGGAACCCCAUGGAAAUGUGGCAGCAGAAUGAAGCUCAUGGUGGUCUGUAUGGAGUUUACCUAAACAGGGAUGGUCUGGCAGGUUGCACUCAUAUCCAGGGCUUCAAUGUUUGGCGAUCCUAUGAUUUUGGCAUUUAUUUCCAGGUGGCCAUGAGUGUGAAAAUCUCUAAUGUGACCCUGGUAGAGAAUGGAAUGGGUGUCAUGCCAUACAUUUUUGCCCCUCCCUCAGUCUCACAUGAGUUCUCAAACAAAACUGUGCACAUUCAGAAUGCUUUGAUUGUGGGUAGCAGCCCUAGCUACAACUGUUCUGACACUGUGCCCAUGACAGAUGCCAACAUUGUCCUCAGUCAAUCCCACAGGGCACCCCGGCCUGAGAAUGGUGGCCGAACCGGAAUCUGCUGGCCAACCUUUGAGUCAAGUCAUAACAGUGCCCCUUCAAAGCCCCAUGCUGGACUCAUGAGCUACAACGCAAUCAGUGGUCUCCUUACAGUCACUGAUACCACUUUUGUUGGAUUCAAAAGUGUCUGCUCAGAUGAAAUGAAUUACAUGUUCUUCACCAAUCCUAAAAAUGAGGACUUACAGCAUCCAGUGAAUGUUGAACAGAUAACCAUGGUAGACAGCACAGAGGAAGCCAAAGUGUUCAUUCAUCGACCAGAUGUGAGACUGGCCAACCCCUCUGACUGUGUGGACAUGACCUGUGAUGCAAAGAGGAAGACCUUGUUGAAAGACCUGGAUGGCAGUUUCCUGGGGGCGUUGGGAGCAGUGUUGCCCCAGUCAGAGUUUGAGUGGAAUGGGGACAGCAGAUAUGGCCUGGGUGACUACAGAAUCCCUAAAGUCAUGCUCACCUAUGUCAAUGGAAGCCGGAUCCCCGUCAACCAAAUUGCUCCAUAUAAAGGUGUGAUUCGUAAUUCCGACUGUACCUACAUGAGUAGCUGGCAGGGAUACAAGUGCCUUGGGCUGAACUACAGGAUGCUAGUGAUUGAAAGUCUGGAUUCUGACACAGAGACAAGACGUCUCUCGCCUGUAGCCAUCCUGGGAGACCAUUAUGUUGACCUAAUUAACGGCCCUCAGGACCAUGGCUGGUGUGCUGGGUAUACUUGCCAAAAGAGAGUGUCUCUGUUUCACAGCAUUGUGGCCACCAAUAAGUCUUUUGACAUUUAUUUCAGCAGCACAACACCUCAGAAACUUCGACUGAUGAUGCUCAAUGCCCAGCCCACAGAGGCUGUACGGGUGGCUGUGUUUUAUUCUAAUCCUCAACGAUUAGAUGUCUACGUCAACAAUCGUCUGAUAGCUCCAACUAAUGCUAUUUGGAAUGCUGAUAACACUGACUACACACUUCAACAGCCGUCAUAUUCAGGGCAAUUUGUACCAAGUCUGGAGUCUGGCGUGCAUGGAUCUAACUUCUUUGAUCCCGACAAUAAAAUGAUGCACAUCCUUUUGCGUGGCUCAGAGCCAGUGCAGAUCCGCACAUCCCCUGUCCUCUUUAUUGCCUUUAACCUCCCUGCCAUGACAGAGGAUGAGUUCUUUGGUGAUAACUUGGUGAACAACCUGGCCACAUUCCUCAAGGUGCCAGCCAACAUGAUCCGCAUCACUAACGUAGUGCGCGAGGGUAGUAGCGCCAGACGAAGACGCUCGACAGGCCUCACAAUAGAGGUUGAGAUCCAACAGCCACCAGUGCAAGAAACAAGCAACAACAGCACCAGCGAAGAGGAAGAGUUUUCUCUCCUGAAGAAUAUUGCAAAUAAUUUGGGCCAGGCUGCUGUCUCGGGAAAUCUAAGCCGGUCCAUUGGAUUCAAUGUAUCGUCAAUCGGUGUCAUCCCUCCUCCUCCUCCUUCCAGCGACCCGGCCUGGAAUGAGGUGGCAACUCAAGAGGUGACACGUGAAGAGCCUACUGUGGAGGUAGUGGCCACGGUCUCUGCACUGCAAAUGGUCGUGGAGCCAGUAUCAGGGAUGUACCCAGGACUGCUCAGCCAGCAGCCAAGCAUCAUGGCUAUGGACCAGGAGGGUAACUGUGUGUCAGUGGGGGUCACAACUCUUACAAUUACAGCCGCUCUCAAAGACGCCAGGGGCGUUGCAGUAGAGGGGUUGUAUGGAAACACAACCAUCGCUUUCCGUAGCUGCUGGGCCAACUACACAGAUUUGGCCAUCUACUCAAUUGGAGAGAACCUGACUCUGGCGUUCACUCUAAAUGAAUGGAGGACUGAGUCUGGGUCCUUUACAGUCAGAGCUGUCCCAACCACAACACCAACAACCACCACACUCAGCACCACCACAGAGGAUGACGACGAUGAAUUCCCAAGCAUCUUUGACUCCAGUCCAGCCACAUCGCCUGGUUCUGUCUAUCUACUCACCCUAAUUUAUGCCCUAGUUCUCCUUUACAGGAGCCUGUAAGCAAGCAGAAGAGGAAACUUGACAAUAUG